GGUUUGGUGAAGCUGUGGAGCUCUCUGACUCUGCUGGGCUCCUACCAGAACCAGGCCUGUGCCUUCAGAGUGCUGCAGGUGUCGCCCUUCCUGCUGGCGCUGACAGGAAACAGCCGAGAGCUGCAGCUGGACUGAAGGAGGCGGAGCAUCGUUUUCUUCAGGAUGAGUUUCAUAUGGAGGAGUGUCUUUAACAAGCCGCGGCUCUGCCUCUCUUCCAUCGCAGUAGCUCAUCCCCUCUGCCGGCUCCUCCACGUCGGCCAGCGAGCGUCCCUCACCAAAGCCUUCUCCUCCCGCGAUGUGGAGCUGUUCGCUAAGCUGACAGGCGACAACAACCCCCUCCACCUGGACCCAGCAUACGCCAGCACCACCUCCUUCGAAGCGCCCAUCGUCCACGGCGUCCUCAUCAACGGCCUGAUCUCCGCUGUGCUUGGCACAAAGAUGCCCGGCCAUGGCUGUGUCUUCCUGCACCAGGAGAUCCGCUUCCCGGCGCCGCUGUAUGUCGGUGAGGAGGUGCUGGCCGAAGCCGAGGUCCUCAAGAUCAAGAUGUCAUUCGCCUUGAUCACUGUGACAUGCUCGGUCAAGGACAAGGUAGUGAUGGCGGGGGAGGUGAUGGUGAUGAUGCCCGAGGAUCAGCAGAAGAAGGGGUGAGAGGACAGGGAGGAGGAGAUGAGGAUAUAGGUCAGAGGUCACCGCACCAUGACAGUAACCAGAUCAGAUAAUGUGAUGGUCUGUGAUUAAAUAUGGCCGCUGCAGCACACACUGUGCAGCCCAGCAUCUUCUGAGCUCAUAUGGUGUCGGUUCGCAGCAGCUUUUGUAGUCAGUGGAAUUCACUCCAUCUUUAUUUUCAUGUUAUUAUUUUUGCUGCUUUUUGAUGAUGUACUUCAACCAUGACAAGAAGAAGUGCGUUUGUUUGGACACUUACCAGAGAGACAUGUCUGUCAGUUGAUGAUUGAUCGUUGAGUGUGUGUACUUUGUUGGCUCAGCUCUGUAUUAUGUUUAACAUUUGAAAUUUUUGUGUGGAAUAAAAAGGCUAUCUUUUA